ACUCUCUCUCUCUCUCUCAAAUAAAUAAAUCAAUCUUAAAAAAAAAGAGAGUCCCCAGACAGCGAGUGCCCUAUGUCUCCUGGUGGGCAUUUCCCUGUUGAGAAGCACUGCUCUGAAGCCCGUGCUGCGCUAUCUCUGAACACACUUCCUCUGUAGGGGAAUCAAGAGCCCCGCUUCAUCAUGGAGAAGGAGUAAGUGCUAGCAAAGGACAGAAGCAGAGUGAUCAGAGGUGGAGCAGGAAGUUGAGAAGCUGAAUGUUGUAGAAAACAAGGAGCAAGGAAUGCAUUAAUAAUUACAGGGGUGCCUCAGAGGUGUGGAGGGGUAGAAGCCAUGAUAUGAGGAAGGAAGGUCCAUGUUCCCAGCUGUUGGCUCUGAAGGAAGACAGAAGGUUGGUUAACAUUCGGGGGCAAUGAACUAUCUAUUGUGCACUGUCCAGGAAGGUAGCCACUAGCUAUAUGUGCCUGUUUAGAAUUAAAGUUAAUUAAAAUGAGAAAUUCAGUUCCUCAGUCACAUGAGCCACAUUUAAACUUUCUGGUCAAGGUGAUACCUGAUUUCUUCAGUGUAUAGUUACUAUCUUUCCUUGCAACUGAUCAGAAAUCAAUGGGGAGACAUUUACGAUUAUGCAAGUAUCCUGCUCCUGGUGGAAAUUUCCUCCUCGAUGUAGCAUCCAUGGGUGAUUCUUGCCUGAACCAGUCUUUACCAUGAUGGCUGCAAUCCUAUAUAGUACAUCUGUAGUUGUAUUUCUUCCCCCCUGGCAGACACUAGGCACAGAGAGGUUGUUGACGUGACAGACUGGGGUAGAGUUCACUGUCAGUCAAGGAGAGAUGGUAUAGUGCCACUCAUUUGAAUAGUGGUUGGUUCACUUUGAAAUGUUUGCUUCCUUAUACAGCCUAGCGAUACUCAGAUAAAGAGGACUCCCUUUUGUCUAUUUCAAAGUGCUUAACAUCACUGAUUCCCAUCAUCUGUAAUAGGGAAUAAUAAUUUUUACAUCGCGUGUGUGUUCUGAUGAUUGAGUGAAUUGAUGUAAAAGUAGUUGACACAGGACAAGGGAUGGUUUCCUUCUCCCCUGAGAAGGUGGAAGUGGCCCCAUCGGGAGCAGGGAGACACACCUGGUACAGAGGGCAGUGUUGGCAGGUCGGACGGAGCUUAGGUGAUCUGGGGGCAGGUGCCUGCUCAGGGAUGAAGACUGCCAUCCUGUCCCUGGAGUCGGGUGUUAGAGGAGGCGACGACACUGCACAUUGCCUUCAAGGGACAACCAGCUCUCUGAUAAGGAGCCAGUGACCUUUGAGGAUGUGGCUGUGUACUUCACCCAGAAUCAGUGGGCCAGCCUGGACCCCAUGCAGAGGGCCCUGUACCUAGAGGUGAUGCUGGAGAAUUAUGCAAACAUAACUUCCUUGGCAGCAUUGCCAUUCCCCAAACCAGAUCUGAUACUCCAGCUGGAGCAAGGGGAAGCACCAUGGGACCUGGAUCCCUGGACACCCCUUGAGGGAGAGGCCCUGGAAGGUGUCCACACAGGUGGUAAAAACAAGACUGAGAGUGAGGAGCAAAGCCCAAGACUAAACAUUUCUAAAGACUCAGCGGCCCAUAGACUGAUGGCGGAGGGGCUGCUCACAGAAGCUCCCCAGCACCCUCACCUUAAGGACAACUUAGGCAGGCCACAGCCGUGUGACGCAGGGGAGAAACCAAACCAAGGAGGUUUCACGGACUUGCUGGUCCAGGACUACAGAUCCCCCGUCAUCAAAAGGGAGGAGGCAGGCAGGAAGCCGGAAGGAAGCACCGGUGUCAGCACCCACCUCCUGUCAAAGCAGGGCCUCCCUGGAGGACCGGCGUUUUACAAAUGUGGUGAGUGUGGCCGAUAUUUCAGCCAACAUUCAGACCUUCUGCAGCAUCAGAGGAUUCACACUGAUGACAAGCCCUACAAGUGCAGAGAGUGCGGGAAAGCCUUCAGGUAUAACUCAAAACUCUCCCGACACCAGAAAACCCACACCGGGGAGAAGCCUUACUCGUGUCAGGAGUGUGGACAAGCCUUCGGUCAAAAUUCCCACCUCCUUCAGCACCAGAAACUCCACAGUGGAGAGAAGCCUUUCGGAUGUCAGGACUGUGGGAAAACCUUCAGCUACAACUCAAAACUCAUCCGGCAUCAGCGAAUCCACACCGGGGAGAAACCCUUUCAGUGUAAGGACUGUGGGAAGGCUUUCCGGUGUAGCUAUGACCGAAUCGUCCAUGAGCGCACCCACACGGGGGAGAAGCCCUACGAGUGUCAGGAGUGCAGGAAAAGUUUCAGUUCAAAUUCAGUCCUCAUCCAGCACCAGCGCAUCCACAGCGGGGAGAAGCCCUACACGUGUCAGGAGUGCGGGAAGGCCUUCCGCCGGAGCUCCGUGUUUCUCCAGCACCAGAGGCUCCACACUGGGGAGAAGCUCUACAAAUGCAAAGAGUGCUGGAAAACGUUCAGCUGUAGCUCCCGCUUUACAGUGCACCAGCGCAUCCACACCGGGGAGAAGCCCUAUGGCUGCCAGGAGUGCGGGAAGGCCUUCAAUCAGAAGGUCACCCUGGUCCAGCAUCAGCGGCUCCACACUGGGGAGAGGCCUUACGAGUGCAAGGUGUGCGGGAAAGCCUUCAAGUGGAGCGCAAGUUUCAUUCAGCACCAGAAGUUGCAUGCUCGCAAGAAGGCCACCCAAGUGACAGGGCCAGCCACGGUUGGGCCCCGCUGCCCCACUUCCGGCCGCCCCCCUCUGCCUGCCCAGCACGAGCGCUCUGCCCCCUCUGGGCCAGCGGCCGCCCCGUCUUCCCCGCACCCCACGCUCCUUCCUCCCUCCCUGCCUCUCUUUGUGCUGCUCCCCUCGUCUGAAAUGGCCAGUUCUUCCCCUGUUCAAAUAGUGCAUUGCUUUCAGGAUCUCACUUCCGCUGGGAGCCUGAAUCCUUUGUCCCACUCCCCAUGAGCUCCCUCAUGUGCUCGACCACCCACCCACCUAGAGUUACCAGUUUCCCCGGGCUCCUGACCAUGCCUGUGUUUGUCUUCUGGGCCCGUGGAGUCAUUAUUGUUUUCCCAACUCCAUUUAUGUUCUCACGUGUAAGAACCAUGUUUGACUCCUCUCUUCCAUCCCCUGGGUGGGAAAUGGUAGGAGUUGUCCUUUAUGGUGUCCAGUUUGGGCCUGUAUCCAUCAGUCUGCACCUGCCUUCUCUACUAGACUUGGUAGAGUUUACAGAACACUUUGGGGCUUAGGGGUAUGGCAUUCCAAUGACAUGGCCUGUUGUGAUUCAAGAAAUAUGGAAGGAGGUAAGCAGAGAAAGUAUCCAGUGAUGGCUUUCAGGAAUUAAGGAGGGCCAUUUGGUGGGGCAGUAGCAAGGCUCACCGUGUGGAAUCAGAGCCCAGGACUUAUUACCUUGAUAAUGACCAUGAUGAGGAUCCUGUGUAACUAAGCAAGAGACCAAGGAAAUAACCAGUAAAAAGAAUAUGAAGUGAUGAGUCAGCAUUGAUAGCAAGAAUGUAAAAUCAUGUCUCUAAACUUGGUUGGAAGGGGAUGUGGCUUUUCUGUUUGGGUUCCUUUUCUAUUCCUGUCCACAUCCUUGUUUAAUUUCAGUGCCCACUCAAACACGUAGGUACGAAAGUGAUUUGGGCCCAUGCAGUAGAGGGCAGGUGCCUGGGUGUAACCAUCUCUCAAUACACAUGGAGUGAACCUGUUGGCAACACACUGUUGGCGAGCCUCUGAGGGAGGGAGAGAAAUCUGACCCUGACUUGCUGUAGCUCUUGCCUCAGAGAGUUCAUAACUAAUCAUACACACACUCGGGUGUGUUCUCACACCUACUCCACGUCCUCUCUGAUUAAAUCUGAAUUUUUGAGUCCUGGUACUUUUAAGUUAA